AUGAAGAUUGAUGGAUGGUCGUCGACUUGUCCGAUCCAUUUGCUCAUUGAUUUUUCGUCCGUCGAGACCAAGAUCGAAGAGAUGUCCUUCAUCUUUUCGAGCUGGUUCGCCUUGUUGUGUGCGCUCGCAACUGGUCGAGCUUCGCUGAAGCAUCCCGACUCGGCGAUGGCUCUGACCCCGGUGGACGUUGGCAUGACGUGCUCACAGUACCCACGAGCGCCGAGGGUUGUGACGUUUAUCGUGGACCAACCUGGGGCGGACAUGGUCGUGCUGCACUUUGACCACGUCCAGUUGAGGCCCGGCGACUCGUUGAGCAUCUUGGCCGCGACUAACCACACAGUGGGGACCGUCGUCGACACGCUGACGUCGAAAACAACAAGCAGCCCGCUCUAUUCCGUGCCAGUCGACGCAUCCACGGUUGUCUUGGAGCUACAUGUGAAUGGCGGCGCCGAGUCAGCGGAUGGGUGCUUUGGAUUUCACGUGGACGGCGUCCGGACGUCAGCCAUCGAGACGUCCGCCGCGUCGGUCGGGGAAUCCAUUUGUGGCACGGACGAUGCCGUGAACGCGCAGUGUUUUGCCAACACGACCAAGUACGUUGCGUCGAAACCCGUCGCUCGUCUGUUGACGCAUCGUCCAUUCGGAUCGUUGUUUUGCACGGGAUGGCUCCUUGGAUGCGGUGGCCAUCUCGUCACGAAUGAGCAUUGCAUUCAGAGUGCCGCCGACGCUGCCAACACAACGUUUGAAUUCAUGGCGGAAGGCCCGUCGUGCACCGCCAACUGCUCGUUUCAAGGGAGUUGCAAGGCGUCCCCAAGGCAGUGGAUUCGCGGGGCAACAUUUGUCGCCGCCUCGAAAGACUUGGAUUAUGCGUUGGUCAAGCUCGACCCGGCCGUGAUUCCCCCCGGACUUGGGUACCUCCAACUGCGUGCGUCUGGGCCGAAACUCAACGAGACCGUGUACAUCCCGCAGCACCCGCGUGGCAGGGGAAAGCAAGUGGCUGCAAUGCACGGCACCACGCCCGGCGUGAUUACAUCGUUGACGUUGUCCGGAUGCGCCCCCAACCAAGCAGGAUAUAUGCUGGACACACAGCCUGGCUCUUCUGGCUCGCCCGUGAUAUCUGCCGUCGACAACACCGUGGUUGCACUGCAUCACUGCGGCGGCUGUCCAAAUGCUGGGAUUCAGUCCCAGUGGAUCGUCCAAGACAUGGUAAAGCGGGGGAUUAUGCCGCCGUGUGGCGUCGCCUAG